AUGAAAUUUCACAUUUUCGUAUUAGUUUCUGCCGUUCUCACAACCGUUUCAGGGUUGGGCUUUUACGCGAAAGACUCGAAUAUCUAUGAGCUCACGCCGCUGAAUUUUGACAAGGUUGUGCUUGGCUCGAACUACACCACCAUAGUCGAGUUUUACGCACCAUGGUGUGGCUAUUGCAAGCAGAUCAAGCCUGUUUAUCACAAAUUGGCCAAAUACUUCCAGGAGGAUGCAAAAUAUGCCAUCAACGUUGCUGCGGUAAACUGUGAUGAAGAAAAGAACAAACCCCUCUGCUCGAAAUACCGUGUGCAAGGGUUCCCUACUUUGAUGGUGUUCCGUCCACCCAAGUUCCAAAGAGGGUCGCCAACUUCCAGCAAGCACAUCCCCGAGACAUACAACGGGCAACGUGAACUCCCGGCAAUUGUUGAUUACAUGACCUCGCGGCUCAAAAACUAUGUGAAGAAAUUCCACAACUUCACAUCCAAGUCUUUUGUAGACUGGCUCAACGUUGAAGACGGAACAGAGAAGGUAGUUGUUCUUUCUAAAGCCGACGGUGUGACCCCGCUCCUCAAGUCCUUAGCCAUUGAUUUUCUUGACUCUGUGAGCGUGGCGAUCGUUUCAGUCAAGAACCCUGUGCUGAGUCCCACCAUAAAGUAUGGAGAUGAAGACAUCGAAAUACCUUUACAAGAAGACGAUACACUCCCAGUCUUGCUUGUUUACAAGCAAGAAGAAAAGAAGUUUGUACGCUACAAGGGAAAGAAGUUGAACAAGAUGGCUAAAAUUCAGAAGUUUGUUAUGGACACAGCCGGCGUCGUGCCCAGCGAGGGUUCGCUUUCCAAAAAGGAGGUAAAGUUGCGCAAGUAUCGUGGCGUGAAGGAAAGCAUCAAGGACGAACUCUAG